UAUCAUAAACUGUUUUCAUCUUUUAAAAACCAUUUCCAAUCCGGUGUGCUCUUGAAAAGUCUGAACCCACUUCUGUUUCAAUUAUUUUCCUCUUCUUCUUAUACAUAAUUAAUAACUCUCAAGAUUUUAAAAGUCCCACUUUAGUAUCUUGAAUUCUUGUUAAACUCCUUCUUAUUUUUUGAAAAUCUUGACUUCAAUGAAGGACAAGAAGCAAAAGCAAAGCAAGUUCAUGAAGAUUGCUACGAUCCCAUUAAAGGUAUUGGGCAAAGCAAGAGAUCUUUAUGUCAAAAGCAUUACAGGGUGUGCAACCAGAACCAGCUAUGGGCAUUCCAUGUCGAUGCCCAACGGACAGUUGCCAAAGAGUCACAGUAUGGGUUCAACCAUGUCAAGCGACGGCGGUGAUGAUUACGGCGAUCUUAUAAGAGCUGCUUCUGUUAGAAGUCUUGGUCAUAAGAAUGAGAUUGAUAUGUUAUUGCAACAGAUGAAACAGCAGCAGCAGCAGCAGCAGCAACAGCAGCAGAAACAGUUGCCUAAGAGCGUCAGUGUUGGGAUGGGAUUUAUGGGUAGGAUUGAAGAAGAGAACGGGGAAGAUGAAGGCAGUGUUGAUGGUUCAAAGAGAGGUGCAAAGGCUGAUUUGUAUCCUAGAAGUAGAAGCUAUGCCGUUGCUGAAAGAACCCCUGCUUUCUGAUGAAUUAUAUUCAAGUUAGCUUUCAGAUUUCAAAGAGAAUUUGAAUCCAACUCCCAUUUGAAGAAAAAAGCGAAGAAGAAGAAGAAAAGAAUAAGCCAUAUGUUAUUAUUUGGAAACUCCAUACUUGAAUUCAUGAGGUGAAUUAAGGUCCAAUUAUUAUAGAUUUGGUAUAUUUUAUUGAACAA